CUCAAUUAUGAGUGGUGAUGAUGAAGAGAAUGAGUAAUGGCAUGGAUAACGAUAGCCUAACAAUAACAAAUUAUCCCACCAGUUUUUGUGGACUGUCCAUUAAUGAUCCUCUGCCUCUGCUGCUGAUCCUAACCAACACCCACAUCUCCAUCGCCUUCUGUUUUGCUGUCAACAACGACAACGAACACAUUCAAUUAUGCCAAUAAUCACAUCUCUUACUACUUUCCCAUGUGGUGGUUUUUUGGAAGGCCGACUUCACCUUUUUCCAAACCCCCCAUUCUUACUUGCCUUGCAAGCUAACAGCAGAGUGAAAACCGAUUGUUCUGUUUUAGUCCUAUGAUGUGAUGAACUAUAACUCAGCAGCAGCAGCAGCAGCAGCAGCACUUUCUGUCAGAAUGAAUCAUUCUGCACAACAUCGUAGAACAUUACCCUGCAGAAGGGAAAAGUUGAAACUGUCUGGCUGUGUUCAUUAGAUAGACAGAUAGAUGGUUAGGAAAGUGGCCAUAUUGAAGUUAAUAUCACCUCAUCGUCCCAUGGACUUUGUUUUUUCCCAGAGGAAGUGCGAUUGUAUUUUCAAACAUAGGUUUGUGCCAACCAUAAGCUUUCUGUCUUCCUCUCUCCCUCCAUUGUUGACAUUAAAUGUGAAUGGAAGGAGUAUGGUUGAUAGUAUGAAGGAGCUUUAAUGUGCACAGCACAGAGAAAGAAGUCUACCCCUGCAAAAGGGUAUUCACAGCCCACAACCAGAUCUGCUUUACUCUCUGAAAUUCUGAUUCUUUCUCGUCCUCUUCUUUUCAGGUACAGUUGAGAGGAAGGUGGGCAUUUAUUGAGCAAACCCGGUGAUGGUGGUGAAGACAUUUCCCUGUCAAAGCAGAGAACUGAAAACCACCACACUAGAAGAUGAUGAAGCUGUAAGGGUGAAAACCCCUUCAUGUGAGGCCCUUAACUCAGUGUCGGCCAUGCUUGCCAGUUGCCAGCCAUUGAAUUUCACCGGUGGCCUCUUUCCAAUGACAUUAUAUAACUACCACAACCACACCUCUGCUUCUCCAUCUCCAUUAACACACAUUCCUUCCACCAGAACCAGAGAAUACAGAGACAAUGCUCCCCCUUCCUCGAGGAGGGGCGCCUAUGUCCCUCGUCACUUCGUUGCUUCUGCUCUUCUCUGCCACUCUCUGCCAUGCUCAGAAGACCAGCCAGGUCCUCGUCGCCGGCGCAGGGGAAUGUGUCGAUUGCGCCAAGUCCGCUCUCAAACCCAGCCAGGCCUUCUCAGGGCUUGAAGUGACAAUUGACUGCAAGCCACCAAAUGGGGAGUUCAAAACUAAGGGCACUGGGAAGCUUGACGCGCAAGGCAAGUUUACCGUGACACUCCCAAGCGACCUUGUGACACAAGAUGGGAAGAACCUCAAAGAAGAAUGCUAUGCUCAGCUCCACAACCCCGCCGCGGCAGUGCCCUGCGCUGCCCACGGCGGGCUGGAAUCGACCAAGGUCGUCUUCAAUUCGCAGAAGAAUGCAUUCGAGCUGUCUGGCGGGAAGCUCAAGUUCUCGCCGGAGGUUUGCUCGUCGGCGUUCUUCUGGCCUUAUUUCAAGCACCCUAAAUUGCAUCUCCCUCCAUUGAAAUCAUUUCACCACUUUUUCCACUUCCCUCCCCUCCCUCCAAAAGUCUACCCUCCUAUCCCGCCGAAGUACACUCACCCGCCGUUGCCGCCGGUCGUCGUGACGCCGGUGCCCAAGCCGCCUUCCGUCCCGAAGCCGGCUCCCAAGCCGCCGGUCGUGGUCAAGCCGCCUUCCGUCCCAAAGCCGGAGCCCAAGCCGCCAGUCGUGGUCAAGCCGUGCCCACCAAAGGCCCCCGUGAUCAAGCCCAAGCCACCAGUCGUGAUCAAGCCCAAGCCCAAGCCGCCCGUCGUCAAGCCGUGCCCACCGAAAGCCCCAAUCUACAAGCCGCCAGUUGUGGUGAAGCCCACGCCGAAGCCGCCGGUCGUCGAGCCACCGCCGGUCCCGAAGGUGCUGCCGCCGCCGGUGCCGAUCUACAAGCCGAAGCCGGAGCCGCCGAUUUUCCACAAGCCGCUGCCUCCGAUCCCGAAGGUGCCGAUCUAUAAGCCGACCCCGCAUCCGCCGAUCUACCACAAGCCGUUGCCGCCGUACCCCAAGGUGCCGAUCUAUAACCCGAUCCCCAAGCCGCCGAUUGCUUUCCCUCCGUUCCCCAAGUUUCCGCCUUUCCACAAGAAGCCCUGCCCGCCGCUCCCGAAGCUGCCUCCGUUCCCCAAGCUGCCUCCCAAGCAUAAGUUUGGAAGCUGGCCUCCUCUCCCGCCGUACUCGCCGAUUCAUUAGAUAUAUGUGUGUGGGUUUUCUCUUGAUUGAUUCUCGAUAUUAUUGUUACUGUUAUUUUAUUGCUACAUGGGAGGUUUUUGAAGUUGCGAGAAAUAAGAAGAAUGAACCAGGCUGCAGUGGAGAAGGGGAGACGCAAAGGAUUGAGAUUUGGAUUUGUUUUCUUUUAAGGGUUUGUUUGGAUAUCAAUUAUUUGUUUCUGCGAAAAAAUUAUAGAGUUGUAAAUUUGUUAUUAGUGAUUCCUGUUUGUUUUACUUAAUAUUACUGCAUGUAAUGGUGAAUUAGUUAUUCCUGUUUGCUUUUGGAUAAUUAUGUUUGAAUGUUUUAAUAAAUGGGUUAAUACUUGGCUCGAAGUAUGAUCAUAUAAUCAACUUUGGCCCGUGGUUUCUGAAAUUAAUUUUAUGUCAACAUAUAGACUCAAUUGGCCCGACAAAUGGUUUGACCGUCAAUUUGCACAGUCAACACGCCAUGUCAUUGCCUCGUCGGCUUAAAAAUUAUUAAAAAAAUUUAAAUUCAAAUUAUUUUCCUAAUUUCUAUUAUUUAUCAUUUUCAAAUUAACCAAAAAAUAAAAUUUGUUAAUUUUUUGUUAAUUUAUAAAAUUUAUCAUUUUCA